AUGCAGGAUACAAACAUCGGGAUUGAUAACCCGAGCCCAUUUCAAAUGCUCCGUAAAGCCCUGCUUUUCUACCUAGAGUAUGCCAACAAGGAACAUAUCAAGUAUCAAGGUUCACAUAAAACCACGCCUCCUCCCUUUGACCUCAAAGGCAACCAGGGUACCAGUGAUAAGUCAACACUAGAUCUGUCCCUCUAUGAUUCAGACAAUGUGCAUGCUUCUGGAGCUCUAAGCAUAGAGUGGACCAUGUUGAAGCUUCUCGCAUUCCCCGGUGCUCCAAACACAAUCUCGGAGAUGGACGUAGAACGCCACAUUGGCUCUAUUCUUACAGGAAUAUUCAAUGUUCGAGGAUGCACCAGAUAUUCGUCCACUACCUUAAAAUAUCCGACUAUACUGGGUUGCUUUGGCUCCUACCCGCGGCCUCACACUGCCUGUCAGAUCUCGGCUGAACAACUACCAGGGAUCAAGUUCUGUCGUCCCCUUGUACUUGCAGGAGAGGCGAAAAAGCAGCAAAAUUAUGUGCCUCAAGAAGAUGCUCCAUCAGGCAGUGCCAAUCCGCAUGGUAAGCCGCAGGUAAGGUUACCGCGGCCAGCGUCACAACUUGCGUGGGCGUUCCAGCCUGCACUAGAGCUGUUCAUCGUGGAACUGAUCACCAAAUACAAAAAUCCCGGUGGAAAGACUUGUAAGGAAGAAUGGGAUCCACUGGCAUACGCACCAAUCCCUAGUCAUAUGGUUGUAUUUGGCAUCGUAUACGACAAGGACGGCCUCGUCAUCUAUUCCUAUUCGCCCACCUACAAAGUUUUGGAUGGCAAGGUGGAGUGGAUGUUUGAAUGUCGGCAGGUUUCAACUGAAUAUGAAGAUUGCUUCAAUGGCGACUAUACAGUCUACAAGCGAGCGCAACUGUUUCGAGCAUUGCUCGCUGUCGUCACUUGGAGUGACCAGUUGACAACGCAGUGGUAUGCACAUUACUGGCUGGUAGUUGAUACCUCGAGCUCGGUUACCGUCUCUUACUCCUCACUUAUCACCGGCUCUCCGUUUUACUGCUGCUGUGACAGACUAUCUAAGGCUGCUAGCCUAUCGACCUUAUCGCGCAGUGUGAUCACUGGCCCCAGCGAGGACAUGCUGGCUCUCCCGGAGCGGGUCAUCGUAGAUCAGUCGAAGCUUGGAUAUAAAGAAGCUUCCGAAACGAAAGGAGUUUUCCCGUGGCAGGUGGUGCAGUCGGAGCGGAGGAAUGCACUUUCCGAAGAAGUUGGGAUGAAGAUGUGGUUUGAAGAUAACGGUAUCCCAUACAACACUCAACCUACGAUGAAGGGUUCGGGGUAUCUUACAGCCAGUAAUGUGUCUCAGAGCCAAUUGGAACAGGUGUACAAUUGGAAGUUCUACAGCAAUUACAUUGGGGACUCCAGUCAACGGAUCGGCCAACUCGUUACAGACCAUAUUGAAAGACUUCUCAUCGUACGAGCAAGUUCUGCGCGCAGCGGCAUCAUCAAGAUACCAAAAGAGUGGUGUACGGAUACAAAUGUCGAAGUUAAUGAAGCAAGCCCAUCCCAAAUACUUCGUAAGGCCCUGCGUCUCUACACAGAGUAUGCCAAUGAGGAACAUAUCAACAAUGAGAUGCCCUUGCCCCCUCCCUUUGAUCUCACAGGUGACCAGAGCUCAAGCGCGGAGCCAGUGCUGGUAACGCUAGAUCUGAGCUUGUAUGAUUCGCACAAUGCACACUCGUCUCGAGCUCUAAGCAUGGAGUGGACCAUACUGAAGCUUCUCGCAUUCCCUGGCACUCAGGACUCAAUCUCGGAGAUGGACGUAGAACGCCACAUUGGCUCUAUUCUUACGGGAUUAUUCAAUAUUCGAGGAUGCACCAGAUAUUCGUCGACUGCUUUGAAAUAUCCUACUGCAUUCGCCUGCUUUGGCUCCUACCCACGGCCUGAUGCCGCCUGUCAGAUCUCAGGUAAAGAACUGCCGACCAUCAAGUUCUGUCGCCCCCUCGUACUUGCAGGGGAGGCAAAAAGGCGGCCAAGUCCAGUACUUCAAGAAGUUGCUCCGUCAGGCAGUGCCAUUCCGUCCGACGAGUCACCGGUAAGGUUACCGCGGCCAGCAUCACAGCUCGCCUGGGCGUUUCAGCCCACGCUGGAGUUGUUCAUCGUUGAUUUGGUGACUAAAUACAGAAACCCCGAUGGAAAGACUUGGAAGAAAGAAUGGAAUCCACUGGCAAAGGCAAAGGCGGCGAUUCCCGGUCAGAUGGUUGUAUUUGGCAUCAUAUACGACAAGAACGGCAUCGUCAUCUAUUCCUACGCUCCCACCUACAAGGUUUCAAAUGGCAAGGUGAACUGGGGUUUUGAGUGUCGGCAAGUUUCAACUGAACACGAGCACUGCUUUAAUGGCGAGUACUCGGUUUACAAGCGAGCGCUGCUUCUUCGAGCAUUACUUGCCAUUGUCAGUUGGAGCGAUCAGUUGGCGGCAAAGUGGGCUCAUGAUCUGACCCUUCCUCCGAUAAUAGCUGAACUGGACGAGAAAUGGGGGUCUGUUGCCUUUUGA